CUCUGGUCACGCUUUCGCUUCGAUCGCUCGCAUCCGAGGAAAAUAAUUAAAGAGCUCAUAAAUUUGUAACAUCAUAUAACAUUUAUGCCACCUGAAUCGUAUCUCUGAGACGAGUCAUUGGUCUAACACUUCUCAAUCACCGUCGGUCUCUGUCGUCUCCCUCAGAUCUGAUUCUUCGCCGGAUUCCGACAUGCCGUCUUCCUCCACCGUCCAAUCUCUUUUCUCCGUCGUCGCUUGCGUCUUCCUUCUUCUCUCUCCGGCUUUGGCCUCUGAGUCAGAUCACAAGUAUCAAGCUGAUGAGCAGGUUACUCUGUGGGUGAACAAAGUUGGCCCUUAUAAUAAUCCACAAGAAACAUAUAACUAUUACAGCCUCCCGUUUUGCCGCAAAACUGAGAACAGCGUUCACAAAUGGGGUGGUCUUGGUGAGGUUCUUGGGGGAAAUGAGCUCAUCGACAGCCAGAUAGACAUAAAAUUCUUGAAAAAUGUUGACAGAAGCGUGAUCUGUCAAUUGGAACUUGAUGAACCUAAGGUCAAGCAUUUCAAAGAUGCCAUCGAGAAUAGUUACUGGUUUGAAUUAUUUAUGGAUGAUCUGCCUUUGUGGGGGUUUGUGGGCGAACUGCCACCUGGUAAAAAUAGUGAAAACGGCAAGCAUGUUCUUUACACUCAUAAGAAUAUUAUUAUCAAAUACAACAAAGACCAGAUUAUUCAUGUAAAUCUUACACAAGACAACCCAAGGCCGUUAGAAGCAGGGAGAACGGUGGACUUGACGUAUUCUGUGAAUUGGAUUCCAACCAAUGUCACAUUUGCUCGUCGUUUUGAUGUUUAUCUAGACUAUCCAUUCUUCGAGCACCAGAUCCAUUGGUUCUCCAUCUUUAACUCGUUCAUGAUGGUUAUCUUCCUUACUGGUUUGGUCUCAAUGAUAUUAAUGAGGACUCUCAGAAACGAUUAUGCGAAAUAUGCUCGGGAAGACGACGACCUGGAGAGCCUGGAACGGGAUGUAAGUGAAGAAUCUGGAUGGAAACUCGUACACGGAGAUGUGUUCCGACCACCACGUAGUCUGGUUCUUCUCUCGGCUGUUGUUGGUACAGGUGCACAGUUGGCUUUACUUGUUCUUCUUGUCAUAUUAAUGGCAAUCAUCGGUACACUUUAUGUUGGGAGAGGCGCAAUUGUUACAACUUUCAUUGUUUGCUACGCUCUGACGUCAUUUAUCUCUGGUUAUGUGAGUGGUGGAAUGUACUCAAGAAGUGGGGGUAAACAUUGGAUCAAGUGCAUGAUCCUCACAGCUUCUCUCUUCCCAUUCUUGUGCUUCGGGAUCGGAUUCCUCCUAAACACAAUCGCCAUAUUCUACGGAUCUCUUGCGGCUAUUCCCUUCGGAACAAUGGUGGUGGUUUUCGUAAUCUGGGGUUUCAUUUCGUUCCCUCUCGCUCUCCUCGGGACAGUCGUCGGUAGAAACUGGAGUGGUGCUCCAAACAAUCCAUGCCGUGUGAAGACAAUCCCACGUCCAAUCCCUGAGAAAAAGUGGUACUUGACUCCAUCUGUAGUCUCUCUUAUGGGAGGUCUCUUACCCUUUGGCAGCAUCUUCAUUGAAAUGUACUUCGUUUUCACAUCGUUCUGGAAUUACAAGGUAUACUAUGUAUACGGGUUCAUGCUUCUUGUAUUUUUGAUACUUGUUGUGGUGACCGUUUGUGUGACGAUCGUGGGGACGUAUUUCUUGUUGAAUGCGGAGAACUAUCACUGGCAAUGGACAUCGUUCUUCUCUGCUGCUUCGACCGCUGUUUAUGUCUACUUAUACUCGAUCUAUUACUACUACGUAAAGACCAAGAUGUUUGGGUUUUUCCAGACCAGCUUCUACUUUGGAUACACCUUGAUGUUCUGUCUCGGCCUCGGAAUCCUUUGUGGAGCUGUUGGGUUCUUAGGAUCAAAUCUGUUUGUUAGAAGGAUCUACAGAAACAUCAAGUGCGACUAGAGAGAAAAUUACCAAACCAAAAAAAAAAAGCGGUAAAGUUGGAUCGUAGAGGCAGUUAAGUCUGUUAGAGAGAAAGCCUCUUACGGGUUUAGAUUUAUAAACAAGGGAAAGUGGGGAAUCAUUGUGGAGGAGAAGGUUGUAUGGGUGAUUCAAAAUCCAACUUAUAUCAUAUUCUUCUUGAUAUCUUUUUUUUUUUUUUUGCUUGGGGGAGUUCUUUUUGUUUUCAUUCUUCUUCUUCUUUUUUUUUUUGUUUAAUCUCCCCCCUUUUGGUAAAGUGGAAUCUGCUCUAUUUAAUUUAGGAUUCAGAGAUAUUGUUGGUUCAGAAACUUAAUUUCUAAUUUGGUCUUUUUUCCAUUA